AUGGCAUCUCUGCGACAAUGUAUAUCGCCGGCGAUCACAUCAAUUCACGACCCAGCGCUUUCGUCGUCUCGAGAUCAUCAAGCCACCCUCCAUACGCCAUUCUUUGGCCUCUCAUUGGCCAACGUCCCGCAACCGGGAAGAUUACACGUGUCCGUUCCCACCGCAGUUGGCGCUGUCGUCUCCUCGCAGCACCUCACAAUCACCGCGAAGGCGAAUUCGAAGCAUCAGGAGCAUCAGCAACCGUCGAAGAAGACGGGAUCGACGACCAAGAUGGCUUCUCGCCGCCAGACGAACAUCCGAGUCGCAGUUCAGGGCUACCAAGGCGGUAACCGGACGGAAGGCGACGCGUCGUCGGACGAGGACGCGACGCGCGCGGAGGAUCUGCGCGACGCGCUGAAGGAGGCGCAGUUCGUGCGGUGGUUCCGCGAGGCGUGGCCGUACAUUCAGGGCCAUCGCGGUAGCACGUUCGUUAUCGUCGUUCCCGGGGACGUCGUCGCGAACCGUCAGAUCUUCGACUCCAUCCUGCAGGAUGUAGCGUUGCUGCACGGCUUGGGAGUGCGCAUCGUGCUCGUGCCGGGGAGCCACGUGCAGAUCAACGAUCUCCUGGAGGAGCGCGGCGUCGCGUCCGUGUUUCACGGCGCGUAUCGCGUGACGGACACGGAGGCGCUGGCGGCGGCGAUGGAGGCGUCGGGGCGCACGCGCGUGGACAUCGAGGCGAAGCUGUCGCGCGGCCCGGUGAUCCCGGUGCUGCGAAGGCACGGCGAGAGCGAGAAGUGGCACGAAGUGGGCAUCAGCGUCGCCAGCGGCAACUUCGUGCACGCCAAGCGGCGGGGCGUGGUGGGCGGCGUGGAUUACGGGGCGACGGGCGAGGUGAAGCGCGUGGACGUGGCGCGCAUCAGGAGCCGCCUCGACAGCAGCUGCGUCGUGCUGCUGAGCAACCUGGGAUUCACCCCCGCGGGCGAGGUGCUCAACUGCAACACGUACGAGGUCGCCACGGCAUGCGCCAUAGGUCUAGGAGCGGACAAGCUGAUCUGCCUGCUGGACGGCGCAGUGGCGGACAACCGCGGGCGGCUGAUCCGCUGGAUGACGCUGCAGCAGGCGGAUGUGAUUAUAAGGAACCGCGCCACGCAGAGCUAUGCUGCCGCGGAGUACGUUAAAGCCGUCGCCGGAGAGGAGUAUAUUAGGAGCCUCGGGCUCGUCGGCGCGCAGGGCGCGGGGGGCGCGGAGGGGGAGGGCGCGGGGGAGGGGAGGCGGAAGAAGGGGAAGCGGGGGAAGAAGAAGCGGGGGGAGGAGUGGGGGGAGGGGGGGAGGGGAGGGGGGGGAGGGGAAGGAGAGGAGGAGGAGGAAGAGGAGGAGGAGGUCGCAGCAAGUAUGGAGAGAUGGAAGGCGCAGCGGGCUCUGUAUAGCAUGAGCUUUGAGAAGCCUGGCCCGCCCCUCCCCACGUUCAGUGGAGCGCGAGAGGGGAGGGACGUGUGGAGCGAGAGGGGCAACGGCAGGGGCAAUGCCGCGGGCGCGGAGGGAGUGGGCGCGCGGGAGAGCUGGGGGAAUGGCGGUUUGGCGGAGGCGGGGUUUGGGGAGAGUGCUGCGCGGGGUUGGGGGGGGAAUGGGGGGGGUGGCGCGGCGGGGAGGGCGGAGGAGAGGCGGGGGUUUGCGGUGGGCGGAGAGGAGCGGUCGGUGCAUCGAUACGGAUUCCUGUCAGAGCUCACUGCUGCUGUGUAUGCCUGCCGGGGCGGGGUGCGGCGGGUGCAUCUACUAGACAGUGGAGUGGAGGGCACGCUGCUGCUGGAGCUGUACACACGGGACGGCGUCGGCACCAUGGUCUCCAGUGAUCUAUACGAGGGCACGCGGGCUGCGCAGGUGUCGGACAUGCCGGGCAUCAGAGCACUGCUGGAACCCCUCGAGGCCGCUGGGGUGCUGCUUCCCCGAGGGGACGAGCAGGUGAGCAGAAAUUUGACUCGGCCUCGGCAGCAGGUGUCGGACAUGCCGGGCAUCAGAGCGCUGCUGGAGCCUCUGGAGGCCGCUGGGGUGCUGCUUCCUAGAGGGGACGAGCAGCUGCGCAGGGAGCUGCCGUUCUUCACGGUGGUGGAGAGGGACGGCCAUACCAUCGCCUGUGCGGCGCUCUUCCCCUUCCCCUCUGCCCGCAUGGCUGAAGUCGCUGCCUUUGCCGUCUCGCCUGCAUCGCGAGGGAAUGGGCGCGGGGACAACCUGUUGGGUGAGUGCUGUGCUGUGGUCUGUGCUGUGGUCUGUGCUGUGCUGUGCUGUGGUCUGUGCUGUGGGCUGUGCUGUGGUCUGUGCUGUGGUCUGUGCUGUGGUCUGUGCUGUGGUCUGUGCUGUGGUCUGUGCUGUGGUCUGUGCUGUGGUCUGUGCUGUGGACUGUGCUGUGGUCUGUGCUGUGGUCUGUGCUGUGGUCUGUGCUGUGGUCUGUGCUGUGGUCUGUGCUGUGGUCUGUGCUGUGCUGUGCUGUGCUGUGCUGUGCUGUGCUGUGCUGUGCUGUGCUGUGCUGUGCUGUGGGGUGGGGUGGGGUAUGAUGUGACGAGGGGGAGUGAUGUGGUGACUGGUGAGUAUGGGAGCGCUGCAGGGGGUGCAUACUUGGAGAAGCGCGCAGUGGACAUGGGCAUGGAGAAGCUGUUUCUCAUGACCACGCGCACUGCUGACUGGUUCGUGCACCGGGGGUUUGCACCGUGUGACCUGGAGAGGCUACCAGAGGAGAAGCUGAAGAAGGUGGACCGCAGCCGCGGUUCCAAGAGCUUUGUGAAGGACUUAGAAGUGAGUGAUGAGGAGGAUGCAGACAGUGACGAGGAGUGGGAUGACGCCGGGUUACCGACUGAUCUUCCGAACGAUGAGGAGGAUGCAGACAGCGAUGAGGAGGAUGCAGACAGCGAUGAGGAGGAUGCAGACAGCGAUGAGGAGGAUGCAGACAGCGAUGAGGAGGAUGCAGACAGCGAUGAGGAGGAUGCAGACAGCGAUGAGGAGGAUGAGGAUGCAGACAGCGAUGAGGAGGAUGCGGACAGCGAUGAGGAGGAUGCGGACAGCGAUGAGGAGGAUGCAGACAGCGAUGAGGAGGAUGCAGACAGCAAUGAGGAGUGGGACGAUGAUGGGUUGCCCACCGACCUUCCCUAG